GAAUUUUGUCUUUUGUGCCAAGCUGAAGAGUGGAGUCCGAUCGAACAGCGGCGUCUCUUCCCUCUUCCCCGGAUCCUUUUAAAACUCCCUCCCGAACCUCUCCCCUUCCACCCUUGCCACCCUACCCUCCCCCUGAACACCCGUCAAGGGACGUGUCGGACAUUCAGCAAGACUCACGUCGCUCCCCCGAUUGAAGACUGGAUUCACCCGUAGAAAUGGACUCUAGCCUGGUCGAAGGAGGACUUAAUGUCACCCUAACCAUCAGGCUACUCAUGCACGGCAAGGAGGUUGGAAGCAUCAUUGGCAAGAAAGGAGAGUCCGUUAAGAAGAUGAGAGAGGAGAGUGGGGCUCGCAUCAACAUCUCAGAGGGGAACUGUCCAGAGCGGAUCAUUACCCUCGCCGGACCCACCACCUCCAUUUUUAAAGCCUUCUCUAUGAUCAUUGAGAAACUGGAGGAGGACAUUAGCACCUCGAUGACUAACAGUACAGCCACCAGCAAACCCCCGGUCACUAUGCGCCUUGUUGUGCCCGCCAGCCAGUGCGGCUCCCUCAUUGGCAAGGGCGGCUGCAAGAUCAAGGAAAUCAGAGAGUCAGCAGGAGCUCAGGUACAAGUAGCAGGGGACAUGUUGCCCAACUCAACCGAGCGUGCCAUCACCGUUGCAGGGACCCCACAGUCCAUUAUUGAGUGUGUCAAGCAGAUCUGCGUUGUCAUGCUUGAGUCUCCUCCAAAGGGAGUGACCAUCCCGUACAGACCCAAACCCUCAGGCUCUCCUGUCAUCUUUGCAGGUGGUCAGGCAUACGCUGUCCAAGGGCAGCACGCCAUUCCACAGCCUGAUGUAAGUGAGGGGCCCUCUCUCACCAAACUUCACCAGCUGGCCAUGCAGCAGAGCCCCUUCCCCAUUGCACAUAGCAACCAGGGCUUCCAGGCUGGGAUGGACGCCUCCGCACAAACUGGCUCUCAUGAGCUGACCAUUCCAAAUGAUCUCAUUGGCUGCAUCAUUGGCCGUCAGGGCACAAAGAUCAAUGAGAUCCGUUCGAUGUCAGGGGCUCAGAUCAAGAUUGCCAACCCCGUGGAGGGCUCCACUGACAGACAGGUCACCAUCACUGGCACCCACGCCAGCAUCAGCCUGGCUGAGUACCUGAUCAAUGCCCGGCUUUCUUCUGAAGCUACUGGACUCGCGGCCAACUGACAUGGAGGAUCUUCAUCAGCACCUAACGUAACCCCUCCCCCUACUUUUUACCAAGAGGUCCCUUAUUGAACUAAAUGCAAAAACCAAGUACUAUAAACUCACUGUUUUUUCUCCUCUGCUUUGGUUCGACGCCUCCUCAGUUGUAAUUACAACAUCAUCAUGAUAUUGGUAUUUUAUUUAUUUAUUAUGUUUUUAAAUUCCCAUUGCUUAUAGUUUUGAAAGACUACCUUCUGUUGUAUUUUUCCUAUUUUACUGUAUAUCUGUAUGAUCUUCUUGAUAUAGGUAAAAGUUUUAGAAAAAUCUGAAAAGGCAUAAAUAAUGUUUUUCUUAUGUCAGAUUUUUCUUAGAAAAUGUAAAAAUGAAGAAAAAAAAAGACACACUGUAACAUUAUAGAUGGACUGUUCUUUCCCUUUUUAAAUAUCUAUUUAUUUUUUAUUUAAUACACAGCUCUGUGUAAGAGUAGAAUACAUUGAUAUUUGCCAUCUUCUUUUUGAAGCUGUACUUCCUAAAUGAGGCAUUGUGGGUUUAACGGGUUUCGGUGGGUGUAAAUGAUGUCCAGUUGAAGAUGUAUGCAGGAAAAAAUGAGGAGAAUUUUAAGCUACGUUUGGUCUCACCUCUAAUUUGCUGAGUAAUUGUUUUGUGUCAUUCCUGUGUUUCCAUCCGUUUUUAUUUCUCAAUCAGGACUUUUUGGCAUUGUUGUGCAUUGGAUUCUCAUAAGGGUGGGUGGGCCUUGGUCACCAGGUGGGGGCCUGAAUGAGAGGAAAAUAUUUUCUUUUCUCUGAAAUUACUAAGACCAUAGUAAUGAAGAUGAUAACAUUGAAAUGUUUGUUUUAAAUAGAGAAAAUAUUUUUUUUAACUGCAGGGCUGGGGAAUGCUGCAAGGGGCAAAACUACAAGACGUAUUGGUCUUUAUAAGUAUAUUAUGCUGAGGUAUUAAAUUAUGAACUAGAAGGAGAAUUCUAGAAUUAACACUAGUUUCCUGCAAUCCUUUUUUGCCUGGGUCAGAUUUAUUUUUUAUUAUUCUUUGCAGGAUGAAGAAACAAGUUUUUGUGCACGUUUUCAAACUAUUGUAGAUCUGGGUGCAAUUAAAUUGUUGAAGAAAUGAAAUGCAGAAAUAAAAAGAUGUGAAAUGCUUAAACAA